ACAGAGCGGCAGGUUAGAGCAGAGCAGCGGAAGUGACAUUUCCUUCAUGCUUCUAUAAAAAACAGAGGGUUUUAAAACUCAACAAAGAUUCAACAGGAAACUAUUUGAGAGACCAAAGUUUGUGCGUUUUGAGACACAGAAGGGAGAGAUAAUCCGCCAUUAAACAGUAUGCCUACUCUCACGAAGCUCUACACAAUGGACGAAGCUUCCCAACACAACACGAAGGAUGAUUGCUGGAUCGUUAUUGAUGGCAAGGUGUAUGAUGUGAGUUCAUAUUUGGAUGAGCACCCAGGUGGAGAUGAUGUUGUCCUUGCUACAACUGGGAAAGAUGCAACAGAUGAUUUUGAAGACGCUGGCCACAGCCAAGAAGCAAGGGAGCUAUUACAAAGCUUCUGCAUUGGUGAGCUUGACCCGUCUGCCCCAGUUAUCCCAGAACUUGAAAUUUCCUCCAAGAAACAGCCAGCAGUUAACUCCCAGAAGCUCCAGGACUUGACAAAGCAAUAUUGGGCAGUUCCUGUAGCCAUUGCUGGUAUCUCUGUGGUAGUUGGCUUCUUGUACUUGCGUAAGAAGUAGAGCAAAUCCAAAGUUUCCGUCUCCGUUGCUGAGAAGAAAUUAUUGUUACAAUUUUGAACAACUAGGACAAUGAUUAAGGUGAAUGUUCUAUCAUUAUUUGUAAUUUUUCUUUUCUUCUUUAUGGUUCUUGCAGAAUGCCUGCAUCUCAUUUAUAAGAAUUGGAAGAUAAAUGGAUUGGGAAAUACACUCUAAUUUUCAUAUCAGAAGUUUGGAAGGCCUAUCUAAAUGAAUGGAUAUUUGAUGUUCA